AAAAAUUGAUCAAGUUAUGCAAAUCAUCAUCGUCAGCCCGUAAACCACCGACGACAGAACGACAGGAAUUGGAAAUUUCGAUCAUUUAAAUAGCAAACGUUAGUCGCGUCAUCAUGACUACGAGAGUGGUGGAAAGAGGGCGUACAAAAUGCGCACAGUAUUGGGGUCCGGAACCAGGUGAUGAAGUACAAUCGGGUGGCUUCAUCGUGACCACCCUCGAAGUCGAUACAAAUCCAGAUUACACAGUAUCCAUGCUUCUCCUUACAAACAAUAAGACUGGUGAGACGAGGGAGGUUUGCCAUAUGCGUUACACAGUGUGGCCAGAUUACGGUGUUCCUCAAUCGGCUAAAGCUUUACUACAGUUCUUGUCCUUAGUCAGGCAACAGCAGAGCAAAUUACUCGCUAGCAGAGGAGACACAUGGGUCGGACAUCCUCGAGAACCACCUAUAAUUGUACAUUGCAGCGCUGGCAUCGGAAGAACAGGCACAUUUUGCAUCUUGGACAUUUGCAUAUCGCGACUAGAGGACACUAAAACCGUAGACAUACGAGGAACUGUCGAGAAGAUCCGAGCACAGAGGGCCUACAGCCUACAGUAUUCAAAUGCCAGAUCAGUACGUCUUGGUCGUCUUGUGCCAUAGUGCUUUGGCGGAAUACGUACUUUCCAAAGGGAUGCUCAGUGCGCAGCAUCUCUCCAUGUUACCUCCACCAAUCGAAGAGGAUUCUGACUAAGAGAGUAUAACGAGUUCUAUCAUGUACCGGAUUGAUGUUGUUCCUGUGUAUGCGUAUAUAUAUACUAUCCUUAAAAUAGCCUAUUUCUACCUUAAACGACUGAAAGUUAUUUUUUGCUAUCGUAUCCAUUGAUGUAAUGAUUGAACUUCUCGCUAUUACGUCAGUCUUAAAUUAUAAAAUUUAUUUCUUAUGAA